GCUGCUGAUGUGCCUGGGGAGGGAGGCUGGGUGACCAGAGAUAGAAGAGAAACAUCUCCUUAGUGUGACCUCACAACCAAACAGGGUGAGUUGUGAUAAAACACAUUGAGUCACACUGGUCUGACAGCCUCAUCCCUCCAGGUCUAGACAAGAGCAGCCCAUGGGCAACCAAAGCUCCCCAGAGGGCUUCCUCCUUCUGGGCUUCUCUGAACACCCAGGGCUGGAAAAGAUUCUCUUCCUGGUCAUCUCAACUUCCUACCUCCUGGCCCUUGUGGGAAACACACUCAUCAUCACGCUGUCUGUGCUGGACCCCAGGCUCCACUCUCCAAUGUACUUUUUCCUCUCCAACCUCUCCUUCUUGGACCUCUGCUUCACCACCAGCUGUGUCCCCCAGAUGCUGGUCAACCUCUGGGGCCCAAAGAAGACCAUCAGCUUCCUGGGCUGCUCUGUCCAGCUCUUCAUCUUCCUGUCCCUGGGGACCACUGAGUGCAUCCUCCUGUUGGUGAUGGCCUUUGACCGCUAUGUGGCUGUCUGCCAGCCCCUCCACUACACCACCAUCAUCCAGCCCCGCCUGUGCCGGCAGCUGGCAUCUGUGGCCUGGGUCAUUGGGCUGGUGGAAUCAGUGGUUCAGACACCACCCACCCUCCGCCUGCCCUUCUGCCCCGACCGGCAAGUGGAUGAUUUUGUCUGUGAGGUCCCUUCUCUAAUCCAACUCUCCUGCAGGGACACAUCCUACAAUGAGAUCCAGAUGGCUGUUGCCAGUGUCCUGAUCUUGAUUGUGCCCCUCAGCCUCAUCCUUGCCUCUUAUGUCGCCAUUGCCCAGGCAGUGCUGAGGAUUAAUUCUGCAAAAGGGAGGAGGGAAGCUUUUGGAACCUGCUCUUCCCAUCUCACCAUUGUCAUCCUCUUCUACAGCUCAGUCAUUGCUGUCUACCUGCAGCCCAAAAAUCCCUAUGCCCAAGAGAGGGGCAAGUUCUUUGGUCUCUUCUAUGCAGUGGGUGCUCCUUCUCUUAACCCUCUCAUAUACACCCUGAGGAACAAGGAGGUGAAGAGGGCAUUCAGCAGGCUGCUGGGGAAAGAUGGGGACUCCAGGGAGAACUGAGGGAGAGAUGCUUAAUGUGCUUUCUAAAUUGAAAAGAGUCACUUCAUGAUUUGUAAAAAUAACGAUUUUCCCAGGCCACUCCCUCUUCUACACACAACUAAGCCACUGCAGUAGGUCACAGUGUGACUAUGUGGUAUCUAUGACAGGGAAAAGGAGAGGGAGAGGCAGAGAGAGAAAUAAAUUAGCUUAAGAGGAGGUAGAUCACUCCAUAAGACAUUUAAACAUUACCAUGCCUGUCACUGUCAAUUCUUAAUAUUUCCUCUCUUCUUCAUCCUGUUUUUACUCCCUUCACUUCUAUAGAUUCCCUAACUUCACCAUGCCCAUUUCUGGCUAUAAAAUCUCUCUCCAGGUGUCAUGUCAGUGUAGGGAAACCACUCCAUCACAGCAUUCUGGAGUAUUGUAACAGGUCAUGCAAACAAAGGCUUGAAUCACAGUUAUUCUGAGCCUUGGAAGGAUGCCUUUCG